AUGGUUCACAGCCUUAGUGUGGUGAAGUGUGUAUAAUAAAUAGGCCGUAUAUAAGAAUUGUAAAAAAAUUAACUAAAAAUGUCAAAGUUAGCUCAUCGGGAUAUAUCCCCAAUGCUGCAAAAGCUGAGAAAUUUUUUGCUAGGACGAGAACAUACCAAUGCUUUGCGAUUCGAAGAUGGGCUUGCAGCAAGAACUCAAGAAGCUCCAAAUUUGCCGGAAGGACCGCAUCAUAGGAUUUUCUCAAAUUAUUAUGCCUUACGUGAUGCACGUCGUGAGUUGGCACCUCCAACGAGAGUAACAUACAGUAAUCUGUUAAUCGGUAAAAGUAACAAAAUCAUGAAGCUGCCGAAACCUGGAAAACCCUAUGGUUGGGAUCAGCAUUAGUAUCGCUUCACUCCUGGAAGAGCAGCAUAUACAGCCUGAAUUCGUUAAUUAAGUUACAACUGCACUCUAAUUAGCUAAUCGCUAAUUGGGCUGACUGACAGAUGAUAGAAAUGUCUAAACUUCGUCUUCGGCAGAAUUUUGACAUACAAGUGUUUUUUAGUUGGAGCAUGGUCUAACUAGCGAACACCCAACCAACGAAUCAUUGCUGUAUAUUCAUGCGUUGCGUAGUCAUAUUUAUAUAAAUCAUUUGAAA